AUGGACGACUCAGCUGGUCUCCGCAACGGACCUGCGGCGCUGGUUUUGGAGCUGGAACGGCGUCGGCUUGGCGGGCACCGGAGAAGCAGAAAGCCGUCACUUGCGGCCGCCGGAGCGGUAGAAAAUCAUCGCUUGCGGCACCUGCUUGCAGUGGUUGACACUGAGGUCGUACUUCCGGAGCAUGUUCCCCAUAGGGAGUUGGACGACUCAGCUGAUCUCCGCGACGGACCUGCGGCACUGGUUUUGGAGCUGGAGCGGCGCCGGCUUGCGGGCGCCGGAGAAGCAGAAAGCCUGGUUGACGGUGAGGUCGUACCUCCGGAGCAUGUCCCCAUAGCCGGCGCCUCUGAUAUGGUCACCGACGCUAUCGACGGGCGGAUGUCAUGGAGUGAGCUGCUUCGGCGCCUAGGUCAUUUGUCAGACACGCUGUCGGCGAGAAUCGGGGCGACAGUGAGGUGUGCCGGCGAGGGUCGGGGAUUCUAUGCGGCUGAGGGUGACGGUGACUGA